AUGCCUUUGGGGAGUGAAAGAGUCGCUUGGAUUACUGCGCUGCUCGGCUCGCUGCUGCUCGGCUCCGGUGGGACAGGUGGAGAAGAGGUGUGUGACAGCCCACUGGUGGCCAAUCUACCGCCAUCAUCAUUCAGAAGCUCCUCCCAGCUAACCAGCAGCCAUGGACCGGUCUUCGCUAAGGUCAACAGGAGAGAAGGAGCUGGAGGAUGGUCCCCCCUUGUCUCAGACAGAUACCAGUGGUUGGAGGUGGAUCUGGGGAGGCGGACCCGGAUCACGGCUGUCGCUACGCAGGGGCGCUACGGCAGCUCUGAUUGGCUGACUGCAUACCUGUUGAUGUUCAGCGACACAGGACACAACUGGAAACAACACCGCCAGGAAGACAGCUUCGGGGCUUUUCCAGGAAACAGUAACGCAGACACUGUGGUCCAAUACAAACUGAAACAGCCGGUAAUAGCUCGCUACCUCCGCCUGAUUCCUCUGGACUGGAACCCCACUGGGAGGAUUGGACUCAGACUGGAAAUAUAUGGAUGUCGAUAUACCUCAGAUGUGGCAAACUUCGACGGCAGCAGCAGCUUGGUCUACAGGCGGAGCAUGAGGCCGAGCUGGACUGCGAUGGAGAUCGUCUCUCUGAAGUUUAAAACCCUGAGGAAUUCUGGGACGCUGCUCCACGCAGAGGGACAGAGAGAUCACAGCCUCACUCUGGUGCUGGAGAAGGGACGGCUGCUGCUCUACCACCAACAAGGUGUGAGUUCCUCCUCCAGCGGGCAGCUUCUUGUUUCUGUGGGUAGCCUGCUGGACGACCAACAAUGGCACCAUGUGAAGCUGGAGAGGCUCAGCACUCACCUUAACCUUACCGUGGAUAAAAACACUCAUCAGGUUCAUAUACCAGCCGAGCUUAGCCACAUGGACAUUCACCAGCUAAGUGUGGGCGCUGUCCAGAGCCAUGGACUGCAAAAACCCAUCCUAUCCAACAGAAACUUUCAUGGCUGUCUGGAAAACCUGCUCUACAACGACCUCAACCUGAUCCACCUGGCCAAACAGAGCAACCACCAGGUCACCGUGGUGGGCAAUGUGACCUUUUCUUGUGCUGAGAAAGUUUCAGUCGCUGUGACGUUCACCAACUCCCAGAGCUUUCUGCAGUUGCCAGGAUUGGCAUCGUGGUCAUCGGGGGUUGUCUCUGUGGCGCUGCAGUUUCGCACAUGGAACAAGGCAGGGCUUCUGUUGACCUUUGACCUCCCACAGCAGGAGGGCACGGUCUGGUUGUACCUGAGCGAGGCCAGACUCCGCCUACAGAUCAGUAAAGCUGGCAGGGCCCAGCUGGAGCUCAGCACAGGCUCAGGUCUGAAUGAUGGUCAGUGGCAUUCUGUGGAGCUGCACUCCAGACAAGAUCAUCUGAGCAUCACAGUGGACAAAGACGAAGGAGCCACCGCUCACACCAGCAUCCCACUGCCUCUGAACACAGACAGUCAACUCUUCUUUGGUGGUUGCCCUGUUCAGGAGACCAGUCAGGAGUUCAGGAACCCCUUCAAAGUGUUUCAGGGCUGUAUGCGUCUCUUGACUUUGGAUAACCAACCUGUUGACCUGAUUGAGGUGCAACAAAGGCUGCUUGGAAACUACAGCCACUUGCAGAUUGACAUGUGUGGCAUCAUCGACAGGUGCUCCCCCAGUCACUGUGAACAUGGAGGUAGAUGCACUCAGUCAUGGAGCACCUUUCACUGCAACUGCUCCAACAGCGGCUACAGAGGAGCCACCUGCCACAGCUCGAGAUACGAACAGUCAUGUGAGGCGUACAAACACAAAGGCAAUACAUCAGGACAUUACCACAUAGACGUGGACGGCAGUGGACCAAUUAAACCCCAGCUCAUCUACUGUAACAUGACAGAGGAAACAGCUUGGAUGGUGAUCCAGCAUAACAACACAGAAUUGACCGCAGUGCUUGCGUCCCCUGAGACAAACCAGCAUUCAACACACUUUGACUACGCUUCUGAAGAGGAGCAGUUGGCAGCCAUAAUCAGCCAAUCAGAGCAGUGUGAGCAGGAACUGUCCUACCACUGCAGGAGGUCCCGCCUCCUCAACACACCAGAGGGUGCUCCGUUCAGCUGGUGGGUGGGAGGUUCAGGUCCAGGUCAGACACAGACACAUUGGGGCGGGGCUCUGCCGGGCAGCCGUCAGUGCGCUUGUGGUCUGCAGGACAACUGUCUGGAUCCAAAUCACUACUGCAACUGUGAUGCUGACUACGACCAGUGGGCUAAUGACUCAGGACUGCUCACCCAUAAGGAGACCCUUCCCGUCAGGUCUCUGGUGCUGGGUGACAUCCAGCGGCCGGGGUCUGAAGCUGCCUACAGGGUGGGACCCCUCCGUUGCCAUGGAGACAAGAACUUCUGGAACGCUGCAUUUUUUGACAAGGAGACAUCUUACCUUCACUUCCCCACCUUCCAUGGAGAGCUGAAUGCAGACAUCUCCUUCCUGUUCAAAACUACGUCCUCCUCCGGGGUCUUCUUGGAAAACCUGGGCAUCAAGGACUUCAUCCGAAUCGAACUCAGCUCCUCCUCAGAGGUCGUCUUCUCUUUUGAUGUUGGAAACGGGCCACUGGAGGUGAGGGUGGAGGCAAGCGUCCCACUGAAUGACAACCGGUGGCACAGCGUGCGAGCCGAGCGGAAUGUGAUCGAAGCAUCGCUCCGUGUCGACGAGUUCCCUGCCGCCAUGCAGGAGGCGCCCGCUGACGGACACAUUCAUCUGCAGCUCAACAGCCAGUUAUUCAUAGGAGGCACUGCGUCUAGACAGAAAGGCUUUCUGGGCUGCAUCCGCUCUCUGCAGCUGAACGGCGUCACUCUGGACCUGGAGGAGAGGGCGAAGAUCACCCCAGGAGUCCGACCUGGGUGUCCGGGCCACUGCAGCAGCUACGGCUCCCUCUGCCAGAAUCAGGGUCGCUGUGUGGAGAGAGCCAAUGGAUUCGCCUGUGACUGUGACCAUUCUGCCUACACUGGAGUCUUCUGUCAUGAAGAGGUUUCAGCCAGCUUCACGUCGUCAACAUCCAUCGUCUAUAACCUCAAGGAGCCCUACGAGCUAAGCAGGAACAGCAGUGCGUCGCCAUCGUCGAUUUACUCCGAUGUGACGCUGAGAGGAGAAAACAUCUCCCUGAGCUUCUGGACCAGUCAGAGUCCUGCUCUGCUGCUCUACGUUAACUCUUUUUACAGGGAAUACCUGGCUCUGCUCAUCAACAGUCAUGAUGAGCUGGAAUUGAGGUACAAGUUGCACAGCAGCAGAGAUGCCGAGGUGUUUGGGAGCAGAGUAACGAACUUGGCUGAUGGACAUCUGCACACAGUGAUCAUCAGGAGACAGGCAGACAGCGUCUCUGUUCAGAUCGACCAGAACACCAGAGAGGACUUCAACUUGACAUCCGAUGUGGAAUUUAACAGCAUCAAAUCACUCAUUCUGGGCAGAGUGCCGGAGUCUGAUGAGUUGGAUGCCGAGCUGGCAGACUUGGCCUCUCUUGGGUUCGCAGGCUGUCUGUCAGGUGUUUGCUUUAACUCCAUCAGUCCUCUGAAAGCUGCUCUGCUACACCCUGACAGCCCUGUUAUUGUCAGCGGCCCGUUGGCCCAGUCGAGCUGUGCUUCCUCCUCUCCAGCCAAUCCCUACGCGGCAGAAACCACACACUCCUUAUCAGAGCAACCUGGUUCAGUGGAUCCAGGUCAACCUUUAGUCAACGCCAUCAGAAGUGACUCGGCUCUAAUUGGAGGGGUGAUCGCCGUGGUGAUCUUCGUCACUGUUUCUGCACUGGCGAUAAUGGCCAGAUUCAUCUGCAGCAGGAAGGAGACGUAUCGAAACCAGGAAGUCAAAGAGGCGCAGCCUGAAGACAGCCAUGAGUUCCCCUUCAGCAGCCAGGCGGACUCUCAGAGCGCUCCCAGUGAAAACCAAAAGGAAUAUUUCAUUUAGCAGGAGCUCUGACCUCCCACUGACCUGACAGGACAGAGCGGGAUGAUUCACCAGGAGCUCAGUGCUUUACUAGACACACAGAGCCGCUGGGCCACCG